UGAAAACCUCAGCGAACUCAUCCGUGCACCCUGCCGCAGACAAGCAAACCCGAAUAUUCCUUCGUCUCUCCGAUCGGGAAAUAAGAAAGCAAACCUCCUCCCCUCCCACCGCCUGCAUCACCACACACCUACUUAUACGUACGCGUAAUCUGUAUCUAUCUAUAUCUGCGCAAGGGUGAAUUAUCCUUAUCCAUGGGUGGAAGAAGCCGAAAAAAGCCGAAUAAAUCGACUAGCCGGCCCGCCCGGCCAUCUGCAUCUUCUUCCGGCGGCCGCGGCCGCGGCCUCUUUGUAGAAGGCGGAGUUCUUUCUGAUUGGUCUCCCUUCGGCUCUCCUCCUUCUAGAGGGAGAAAAGGGAAUAAUGGGGCAAAUGGAAAUUCGAGACCCCGAAUCGGGAAAGGGAGCAAUUCGGAUCCAAAAUCCGGAUCUGCCCCGGGUCAGCGAGCCGAGGCUAAGAAGAAUACGGGGAACGCUAUUAGUUUCCAGUAUCCUCAGCAGGAUAAUACAUUUAUCAGUGGAGGUCGGAACCGAGGGGAAAGUUUUGAUGCAUCAAAUCCUGUUGUCUUGAUCGAUUCAGAGAAGACGCCGAUUAUUGCAUACUUCGACGAGGGACCCGGUAAAGAACCCCAAAAUGUUGAAUACAUGUAUGAUUACACCACGAGCUUUACACUCGAAGAAAGCUCCCACAGAGGAUUAGGGUUCAAUGACGAAACGGAGACAACAAACGACGGUAUUGAAUAUGAAUCCUCAUCCAAAAUCGAAAAGAAAGAGGGUGAUGCCACGGACUUAUCUUCUUCUGAGAUGGAUCGUGGUGCAAAUGCUGAUGUGGAUGAGGAUUUGACGGCUGAGGUUUCUUCUCAAGAGGAAGAUCCAGGUUAUGUGAUAAUUGGAGGCACUAAGAUAUAUACGUACGAUACCGAUGAAGAUGUCGAGGAAGAUGUGAGCGAUGAAGGGUCUUCAGUAUCGGAUGACAGCUCAGCGACAUCGGAUAGUGACGGCUCGUCGUAUAGUGGUUCAGACAUUGACGACGAGAUUGCUGCCGAUUACUUUGAGGGAAUAGGUGGAGUUGGCAACAUCGUUAAUGUUGACCAGCUUGUCGGAAAACAAUUUGAUUUGUCCGAUUCUGACAGUGAUUCUGAAGACAGCUUUGAUGAAACUGUGCAGAAGUUAGGUGGGAUUGAUCUUCAGGAUGCUUCGAGGAUGUAUGGCAAGGAAAAGCCGGGAUUGGCAAGAAAAUAUCGAAGACAAGAUAAAGAAUUGACACCUAUUAAGUAUACCCAAUCAUCUGGCUUAGAUGACUUAAUGCUUGUGAAAGAUCCAAGAACUAUUUCUGGGAAGAAAAAGAAUGUUGCUAAAUUUCCACAGUCUUGGCCUUCUGAAGCUCGCAAAAGCAAAAAAUUCAGAAGAAUUCCAGGGGAAAAGAAGAAACAUCGUAAAGAAACGAUUGCAGCAAAGCGUCGGGAUAGAAUGGUUCGGCGUGGUGUAGAUCUUCAGAAGAUAAAUUUGAAAUUUCAGCAAAUGGUUCUUGAUGGCAUAGAUAUUCAAUCAUUUCCGUCUAUGCAUCGACAGGAUUGUUCUCAGGUACGCAGGUUAGCUUCCAUUUAUCGAUUGCAAAGUGGAUGCCAAGGAUCUGGCAGGAAGAGAUAUGUGACUGUGAUCCGAACACACCAAACAUGUAUGCCAACCCCAGGUGAUCAAGUUCGCCUCGAGAAGCUGAUAGGAGCUAACGAAAAAGAUGCUGAUUUCUCAGUCAUUGAUGGUAAGCCUGUUAAAAUGGAUACAUAUUAUGCAAAAAAGACUGCCAGAGUUGGUGGGACCACCCCGGUAGGCUCACAGUCUCUCAAGAAGAGAUCGAAUAAGAAUAAGACACCUGGCAAAACAGGCUCCUAUUCCACACAGCCCCUUUCUUUCGUCUCGAGUGGUAUUAUGGAUCCUGCAAUAGUUGAGCUUACAACUACCGAAUCAACAAACGAGACAAACCCUGAAAAACAAACCGCAGCUAGCUUGGAAUACGGUGCGUUUGAGAUGCACACAACUGGAUUUGGAUCGAAAAUGUUGGCUAAGAUGGGAUAUGUAGAAGGUGGUGGCUUAGGAAAAGAUGGCCAAGGUGUGGCUAAACCGAUUGAAGUUUUUCAGAGGCCUAAAUCACUCGGAUUAGGUGCGGUGGCUCCGGAAGCUUCUAGUAGUAAACAACCCACGACGAACGUGAAAGCUCAGCCCAAGUCAGUUCGAUCCAAGUCUUGUGGGACAAAAGCAAAACCGGCGAAAAUCGAGAACAAUAACUUUGGUUCGUUUGAGAAGCAUACGAAGGGUUUUGGUUCGAAAAUGAUGGCAAAGAUGGGGUUUGUAGAAGGUGCUGGAUUGGGGAAGGAUGCACAAGGCAUUAUUAACCCUUUAGUUGCUGUGAGGCGCCCGAAAUCAGUGGGAUUGGGUGCUAAUAAGAGCAGAUUGGUCUAAUUUCCAUAGCUCGACUCUAAAUGUGACGUGUAUAUUUAUGAUAAUCCUUUUAUUUAUGUUUUUUUUAUUUUUUAUUUUUAAUUGGGGAUGGUGAAGAACGAGAGUCCGCUGAAUUUUGCUGUUAAGGGUAAAUUGCAGAGUGCAUAUUCGGGUAUGGCGUGACUACAAAGUUCGACUUUGUUUAUUUAUAAAUUUAUGUAUGUACUUUCUAAUUAAGCUCUCGGAGUAACAGUGUACUUUCUAAUUAUCCCGAUAUCUGCCGAGGGUGAUUAUCGAUUAUAGAUGAUCCAAGCUUGAGCA